AUGUCUGCACAAACGGCGGACGCCCGGGCUCGCGCCCCGGAUGCUAAGAAGGUCCAUAUCGCCGAUACGGCCAUCAAUCGCCACAACUGGUACAAGCAUGUCAACUGGUUGAACGUCUUCCUCAUCCUUGGAAUCCCUAUGUAUGGGUGCGUCCAGUCGUUCUGGGUGCCUCUGCAGCUCAAGACUGCCAUCUGGGCCGUCAUAUACUAUUUCUUCACCGGUCUCGGUAUCACAGCAGGUUACCAUCGUCUGUGGGCUCACUGCUCGUAUUCCGCCACUCUCCCUCUUCGAAUCUGGCUCGCUGCCGUCGGUGGUGGUGCAGUUGAAGGUUCCAUUCGCUGGUGGGCUCGUGACCACAGGGCUCACCACCGCUACACCGAUACCGAGAAAGACCCUUACUCCGUCCGCAAGGGCCUGCUCUACUCCCACCUUGGCUGGAUGGUGAUGAAGCAGAACCCCAAGCGUAUCGGCCGCACCGAUAUCUCCGAUUUGAACGAGGACCCCGUUGUCGUAUGGCAGCACCGCAACUACCUCAAGGUUGUCUUCGGCAUGGGAUUGGCUGUGCCAAUGCUUGUUGCUGGUCUUGGCUGGGGCGACUGGAAGGGUGGCUUCAUUUACGCCGGUAUCCUGCGUAUCUUCUUUGUUCAGCAGGCAACCUUCUGUGUCAACUCCUUGGCCCACUGGCUCGGUGACCAGCCUUUCGAUGACCGCAACUCGCCCCGUGACCACGUCAUUACCGCUCUCGUCACCCUUGGAGAGGGCUACCACAACUUCCACCACGAAUUCCCAUCUGAUUACCGGAAUGCUAUUGAAUGGCACCAGUAUGACCCCACGAAGUGGAGUAUUUGGGCCUGGAAGCAGCUUGGUCUCGCGUAUGACCUGAAGAAGUUCCGUACCAACGAAAUCGAAAAGGGCCGCGUCCAGCAACUCCAAAAGAAGCUCGACCGUAAGCGUGCUAUUCUCGACUGGGGUACUCCCCUCGACCAACUCCCUGUCUUGGAGUGGGACGACUAUGUUGAGCAGGCCAAGAACGGCCGCGGCCUCGUUGCUAUUGCUGGUGUUGUUCACGAUGUGACCGACUUCAUCAAGGACCACCCCGGUGGUAAGGCUAUGAUCAACUCCGGAAUCGGCAAGGACGCCACCGCCAUGUUCAACGGUGGUGUCUACUACCACUCCAAUGCCGCCCACAACCUUCUCUCCACCAUGCGUGUUGGUGUCAUCCGUGGCGGCUGCGAAGUCGAGAUCUGGAAGCGCGCUCAGAAGGAGAACGUCGAGUACGUCCGGGACGGGUCAGGCCAACGCGUCAUUCGGGCUGGCGAGCAGCCCACCAAGAUCCCCGAGUCCAUUCCCACCGCGGAUGCGGCGUAA